ACUGGAAGCCGUGUGUCCAAUGAAGCAUUGUACUGCCUUGUCCCGCUGGGGUAUAAAGCUCACAAGCUGGGUGUCCAAAUCUUCAUUGUACCUGCAUCAUCUUCGUUACAAUGGCGGCCACUCUCGUCAGCUUUAUCCCCACCCAAGGCAUUUAUGCUGCACCUAUCUCUCAACAUCCCCCACCCAACAGUACAACUUUCCCCAUGAACCACUCGGAUGCGUGUGACGACCUGCGCAACUGCAGGACGAUGUGGAGCAUGGUGUACAGCUGCCUCCUUAUGAUAUUCGCUUGCGUAUGGACAGCAAUCCAUCCAGAUGUGCCUAAGCAAUACUCGGCUUGGUUGUUCCGAUUUGAAUCUCGUAACCUUCGAAUGAUUUUUGACGUUGGUUUUGCCGGAGGCGAUUGUUAUGGCUGCAUGGGCUGACCCCCCGCCUAAGACAACGUGCAUUGUAGGAAAUGAGUAAGGCGAUAUUG